AAUAUUUUGACAUAACUGAAGAAAAAUUUAUCGGUGAAUGCAUCUGCAAUCUAAAAACAAAUGAAAGCAUUGUGUGGUGAUAAUGUUGCCAGAAGAAAACAAAAAUGUAAACAAACCGUUUACAACUAACACGAAACAUUUUGUUUUUUGGGCACAUCUCAUUAUUUUUGUGCUGCCUUUCCGUCAAAUCCGUGGUUGUAUCCAACGAUCGUCGUCACGUAGAUCGCGAUGUCACCUGAUAACUUCAGCGAUGUCACUUGAUAACGCGCCAGCUAUCGAUUUCGUUGUGGGUCGGAGUUAGAAAUGGAAUAAUGCUGGAGGAGAGAAGGAGGUGCAUGUGUAUUCCUUGGGUGGCCCUGCAGAGGUCCCCUUCAUUGAAACGAGAAAGUUCGCACGACCAGAUAUAUUUGAAUGCUUUUAUUUCACCGGGGAUCAUGUAUCUUUGUGGUUCCAUUACCUCUUUGGCUGUGUUUGUUACCUGUUACGACUUUUCUACCGGUUCAGAAAGAUAUCACAACAAAAAAGACCAGCACAAUCACAAAGACAGUCAGAGCUGCGACAACCAGUGGGCAUCCAUCAACCCAAGCCACACCAUGUGUCUGAAGGACGUGGGAACGGGGAUUUCCCUGACAGAGACCUUCAGACACACCCUGGUCCAUCAGCACAACGACAUACGCAGCCACGUGCAGCCCCAUGCGGCGGAUAUGACAAAGUUGACAUGGGAUGACGACCUGGCCCUUGUGGCGGAGAAAUGGGCCAAGCAGUGCAAGACUUACAGCGACAAGCCCUUAAACCGUCAAGUUCCCUCUAUGCCUGGUGUCCAGAUAGGUCAGAACACUGCCUACUAUUACAAGGACUUUAAAGAUGCUGUUGAUGCCUGGGCUGAGGAGAAGAAGCACCUGCGUUUUAAAGUCGGCUUUUACGGAGGUGCUGCUGCAAACUACUCUCAGAUGGUAUUAUCAAAAGCUCAGCGUGUUGGAUGUGGCAUGGCCUCCUGUCCUAACCAGCCAUUUACACACCUUUACGUCUGUAAUUACGCCUUACAAAGCGGCGAAUAAAGACUACCUUGAGCCGUACUACAAGUCACAUACAAGUUGCUCCAAGUGUCCGCUUACCUGCGACUCUAGUGGUAAACUAUGUGACUGUAAAGGCAAGUUGUGUCUAAACGAUGGCAAACUGGACGUGGAGACAUGUUCUUGCAUCUGUAGCUCACCCUUCACAGGCGACACCUGCGAAAAACAGAUUUGCCCGGAGGCAGAUAGUUGGAAUUGCGAUAUGUUUAUGAGGUCUGAAUGCUGGCAUUACCCCAGAUGGAUGGCAAUAAGCUGUCCAUAUCGGUGCGGCAUCUGUCAUAAAGCUGCUUGAUAAGUGUUGGCCACGACUGCCACAUGGAGAAUAUAGAAUAUUGAAACUAAACUAAUGAUGAACUUAAAAUAUAAUUUUGAUUAUUUGCCAUUCCAUUUUAAAAUUUUUGAAUUGACGACGCUUCAUUCUACAUUUUUCUUCUGGUUGUUAAUAGUUAGUUACUUUUGUAGAUUUGGAAAUUUCCAAAAUCUGGUGCAUGAACUGAGUUAUGAAAAAUACACAAAAGAAAAGAAAUGCUUACCUUUUUAAUUGAAAUUGCUCUGAAAUUUAUUUUAAUUUUCUGAUUAAUAAAUAAAUAAAUUAACCAAAAGUAUAUUCCAUGCAUUUUUCAUGAUGAGAGGAAGGGGAAAGAGAGGAAAACAAGAAAGUAAUGUGAAAUACAGAAAUAAUACGAAGUAACGACGAAGUAAUGAAGAAAAGAAGAAAAGGGAAAAAAAGCAAAUUAAAGGGAAAAAAGAGACAAAGUAAAGAAUAAAGUCAGUCAAAAAGUCCGAUUCAAAACUGUAGCAAGUAGCAGAAGUUUAUACAAUAUGCACUUAAAUAGUAAGAAACAAUUAGGGAAGAAUAGCAGAAGCUCAUUCAAGACUGCGUAUAAAGUCAGAUAGAUAAAGUAACAACGGCUUAUACAAAGAUGAAUGGAAAACAUCAGGUAGCUGUAGUGUUGUAAAAUAUUAAAUUGUCUGUGGUACAAGGACUAGGGGGAGGGGGGAAGGGUGGAAGAAAGAAAAAGACAUCAUCCAUCCAGAAAAACAGGCGAGUGGAAAAAAAACCAUGACACAUGUAACUUUGUGACACGAAUUUUUUAAAGACGUUUUGAUGAUAUGAAAAUGGAAAAAGUGUACAUCGGAAAAAGCCUUCUCCAUAUAUUCCCAGUCACCCUUGUCAAUACUUCCACCAGUCGCUCCUGUUGUGAGGAGCCUCGCCAAAAUAAGUUAAACAUAUGAAAAAAGCUCAAAGCAAGAAGUUAAGUGAGAAACCUACAGCUAGGAGGAUAAAACCAUCAAAUAACGGAAAAAGCAACCAAAGAUUGAAAACAAAACUCAAAUUACUCCUAUGACCAAAUUCUUUUCGUUAAACAAGUUUUAAUGACAAAAUUUUAUUUUCAUUGCAACAAUAGGAAACAAAAUGGCCAAUAGGAAAAAAUCUAAAGGACACAAUAUCGACUUCGAUAUUUGAUUUAGUUUUUUUUUUUUAUAUUUUAAAUGACGUUUGCUACUCUCUUGAGUUAAAAAUCCAGUAUGUUCUGAACAAUACUGUCCUGUUAUAUGUAUUAUUAACUUAUACGGGGACUUUUUGUUUGCUUCUGAAGAACUAAAUUAUUUAUUUACGAUCUCCGCCAUGUUAUUAAUACAUGAAAGAAAGGUAUAGAAAUGGGAAAGUAGGGCUAUUCCGAAAACUAUAGGCUGGUGAAACGAUCUGGGUAGACCAUAAGUCCGUGAAUACGAGGUUUCAUACGCUAUCUGCUGGUACCCAGCUUGAGCCGGAUAACAGUCUGAGUAAACUGUUUUAUGGAUACGAAUCCUAGAAGGAUUAAGACAAAUAAACACACGUUAACUCACCUCUGGGACAGAUGCCUACACAUGUAGGGGCACUCUAUAGGUGCCAGUGCGAGCAUUGUGCACAACUGUUUAGACCACAGUACCACGCAGAACCAGCGGUCUGUCUCUGGACAGCUAACUAAAGCCACAAAAAGUAAAAAAAAAUAUACGAAACACUAUACAAAACAGCCUCAGUACCUCCCCUUUUCCAGAUUUCCCAAAAAAACCCAGCGGUUUUGCUCGAGCUUCAACGCCUGCCAUAGCAACAGCGACAUUGAAAACCAUAACUGAUCUCUUUCAGAAAUACCUCUUGAAGUCUUGUGAGUCGUUUGGCUCUCCUUUCUUCUCCCAGACUUCUCAUUUCGUCGCACUCUUUGUACUGCGCUGUGUGUGUGUGUCUUUGAAAUAAGUCAUAGAAGGGGAUAGCAAUAUAUAAAGAUGAAUGACAGACAAGCUAAAAAAUUAAAAAAAAAUAAAUACCACACACACACACCAACUCAUCAAACUCAAAAAAAUUAUUAAAAGAAAAAGAAAUAAAUAGACAUAGUGGAACAGGGAGAAAGAAAAACUCAUUUUAAAGAGUUUUAAAAUAGGUUUGUGAAAAGUUGCCUAUGAAUAGACGGAAUCCCUUCUAUGAUAAAGUUUAUAAUUAUUAAAACACGCAGUAUAGUUUGAAAACAAAAUGACACUAAUAAAACAAUCUAAAGACUAUAAUUCUAAAGAUAACAACGACUGACUUUAAAAAAUAUAAGCAGAAUUAAAUGUCUCUAUCGUAAUGAAGCAAAUAAAGUAAAAGAAAAUUAAAGAGCUGUUUAUUCUUUGCAUGUCGUUAAAAAUCAUAGAGUAACAAAACGAUUGGGAAAAGAGUUUAAACUGUGUUGGUAGGUGUCACGGACCAGUCUGUGAGGGGCGGGAGGUUGUUGCCCCUGUCAUUUGUUUUCUUAGAGGUUGUUGCCCCUGUCUUUUGUUUUGUUAAAGAUUAUUGCCUUGCAUUUAAGAGAGUGUUGAUUGCGUCGCGGUUUCACGUCAGAACCCGACGUCAUUUUAUGACGUAAUUUUAGUCUGAGGCAAGUGAAAAAUAUUUGGAAGAAAGCAGACGGCUGUGAGCAGGGAAGAGAGUAGGAUAGAAAGUGUGUGUGGUGUUCGUUUUGGAUAUUGUGUGGGUCGAUCCCUGCGGAUGUAUGUGUGGUACCAGCUUCAGGUCAUGUGUUGACCUCCCAAGAGUUUAGUUGUGGUACCAGCUUGGAUCAUGUGUUGAUCCCCAAGCGUAUAUUGGAAGAGAGGAGACGGCUGUGAGCAGGGAAGAAAGGCGGACGUAACGUGUGUGUGGUGUUCGCUUGGGAUAUUGUGUGUGUAUCGAAUCCCUGCAAGUUCAUCUGUGUGAGCCCCUGGAGUAUAUUUGUGGUGCCGGGAGUAUAUUUGUGGUGCCUGGGUCAUGCGUUGAUCCCCAGCAAAUAUAUUUUGAGUCGUCUGUAGGUGUCUGCCGAGUCAGCACCUGUUAUUAAUAAGCAUUGGAACGUAUAUGUGGUUGCCUCAAGUCGUUUGUGUGGGUGGAUAUCAGUCACGUGUGAGUAACUAAGACUCUAAUGAAUUUAUUCCAAAAACAUACGACAGAUUGAAGUAUAUAUAUAUGGACAUGUGUAUGCCGUCUCAGUGACAGUAAGAGAACUGUUAGAGUUGCAGAUCGCUGUAUGGAAGAUCUACUGACUAUAUGUAUAUAUUUAGUUGAUGUUGAUUGAUUUAAAGUUAUUUUUGUUUCCACGACGAAUCUUUGUGCUAUAUGUUUGAAAGAAUACGCAAGGGAACGCGUGCGUGUUGUGAGAGUGAGAAAGAGAUUUUAUAAAAGCGCGUUCUUGACAGUAGGCAAUUAUUGCACAUAAUAAUGUACAGAAACAGAGAAAUAAAAUUUUGUAUAAACGCUCUGGUUAAAUUAAAAAACCUCGCAUAUUAAAAGCUCCUUGUGGUUACAAGCGAUAAAGUCAUCAAACAUAAAAGAAAAAGGAAUACACAAAAUCAAUCAAAUAGUUUCAAGUCUAUAAAGAACAUAAGAAGAAAAAGUGACAAAAAGAAAUAUAUAUUAAAUAUCUAUUAGUUCAAAUGUUUACAUUUUGUAAUUAAAAAGCUGUUUAUUUGUUCCUUUGUGGUGAUAAGCUGAAUUCAUUACCCGAGAAAUGCUAUUCAUACACCUAGUAGCAGGAA